GUGUCGAUAUAGUACUAUUGCACGUGAGAAAUAAAAGAGCGUGCGGGGCAGAGAGAAAGAACGAACUGUGAUAGAGAGUAUGAGAAAACAACGAAGAGGUUGGUAAUAGCACGGAAUUUUAGGCGAGUAAACUUGGAAGUCUGGAUGGGGGAAUCCCGAGGAGAAGAUUUCACAAACGGCCACGACACCAGACAUGAGUCCGAGAUAUCUGCUGUUUUAGGUGGCGGUCUGACGACGAUGCUCCAUGCCAUGGAAGUCCCAAGUCAUGCUAGACACCUCCUCCUGCAACUCAACACCCAGCGCACCAAGGGCUUCCUGUGUGAUGUCAUCAUCGUGGUGCAGAACGCGUUGUUCCGAGCCCAUAAGAAUAUUCUGGCCGCCAGCAGCCUCUACCUGAAGUCCCUGGUCGUCCAUGACAACCUCAUCAACCUAGACCACGAGAUGGUGAGUCCCGGGGUGUUCCGGGUCAUUCUAGACUACAUCUACACGGGCCGUCUGACGGAGGGAGACCCCAGCUCCCCAACAGAGCCCAACCUGGGGGCCGUGCUGGCUGCAGCUAGCUAUCUGCAGCUGCUGGACUUAGUGGCACUGUGUAAGAAGAAGAUGAGGAGAAAUGGGAAGUACCCUCUCCGCCCCACUCCUGCCUUUCUGCCCUAUGGGAAGAUGGGCCCCAAUAGUUUGGGUUUAGGGGGAGGGGGCAGGUAUCGGGUGUCCACCCCUGUUAUUCAGUCCUGCUACCCAGGGGGAGUUGUGAACACCCACACGCCCCGCGCCCCACCACUAGAGGAGCUGCCACCCCACCCCCAUGCCACCCAUGCAGGGGAGUUGUAUGCCCCCACCUCCUCUCAGGGCCCUCAGGUGUUCCCCUCCACACCCUCAGCCCUGCCUGCCCAGCCCAGCCUGCGCCCAGCUCACUCUGACAGGAACUGCUCCCCCAUCUAUGGCCUGGACCUCUCCAAGAAGAGCCCCAACUCCCAGUCCCAGAACACUCCCUCCCACCCCCACCUGGCCCACGCCCUGCCCCACCACGAUGAGGAGCGGGAGGGGGGGCUGAGCGGCCGCACCAGCCCAAUGCCGGGGAACAAUGGCGGGGCCUACCCCACAGAGAAGAUGGAGACAGCUGAUCAGGCUGGGUCUCUCCCACCUCAUUCUUACCCCCACCUUAAUAAGCCCCUGGGGCCCCACCUCCACCGCUCCAGCUCCCAAGGUCCAGACCACUACCCCUGCCCCCUCAGCCCCGACACCCCCACAGAGGCUGGAGAGCCCAGCAGGGAGAUGGGCAACAUCUACCGCUGGGUGAAGCAUGAGCCACUGUCAUACACAGCUGAGGAUGAAGAGGAUGACGAGGAUGAGGAGGAACGGGGUGGAAACGGAGACCAAAACCACCAGCAUCACAACCACCAUCACAAAGCAGGGGAGGAGAGCGAUGAUCGCUACCGUAGGGUGGGCUGUGAUGGGGAGGAGGAGAAGAGUGGCUCAGGCAGUGAGGGGACAGGCAGUAGUGAGGGUCGACCAUCACCCACAGGGGCCAUGGGGAGGUUCCACCUACCCUACGAGCCUGAGAGCUUUGGGGACAACCUGUACGUGUGCAUCCCCUGUGACAAGGGCUUCCCCAGCUCUGAGCAGCUCAACGCCCACGUGGAGACCCACACAGAGGAGGAGCUGUACUCUGGAGGGGAGAUGGGCAGCAGCAACCCCAAAAACAACAGUAGCAACAGCAAUGGUAACGGCAGCCUGAACAGCCUGGAGGGGAAGUCCAGCCAGAGCCUGACGCCUGGGGUCCUGGGGGAGAUCAUCAGACCCUAUCGCUGUAACUCCUGUGAGAAGUCCUACAAGGACCCGGCCACGCUGCGCCAGCACGAGAAGACCCACUGGCUCACACGGCCCUACCCCUGCAGCAUCUGUGGCAAGAAGUUCACCCAGCGCGGCACCAUGACCCGCCACAUGCGCAGCCACCUGGGACUCAAGCCCUUUGCAUGCGAUCACUGCGGCAUGCGCUUCACCCGCCAGUACCGCCUCACAGAGCACAUGCGCAUCCACUCCGGGGAGAAGCCCUAUGAGUGUCAGGUGUGUGGGGGCAAGUUUGCCCAGCAGCGCAACCUCAUCAGCCACAUGAAGAUGCACAGCAGUGGGGGGGGCGGAGGGGCUCUGACGGCCGACGGAAAGCUGAAGCUGGACUUUUCGGAGGGGAUCUACCCCCUGAGUAAAUACGCAGCAGAGCACCUGGGGCUGAAGCAGGAGAAGGCCUCUGAGCUGCUGGCAGAGCAUGCCAUGGAGAGCCUGUUCCCGUUGUCCAAACUGGCAGCCGAACACCUGCGCCUCAGCCACCAUGACAAGAUGGAUGUCCUGGGGGUCCAGGCCCUUCCCCCUCCCCCAGGGUCCCUCUCUGACUUUCACUCUCGUACCAUUGAACGCUACUCCCCCAGCUAAAACCCUCUGACCAGUCACCCCCAGCAAGGCCUUGGCUACCACACAAUCCUGUGGGCACACAACUUAACUUACAGUAUUCUAAUGUCAUUCACCUCAACUCCAUCAGGAUCUGCACCUCAGACUAAGGCCAAUACUUGGCCUAAAGAAUGCCCACAAACUGUGUAGACUCUUAUAAGUGCCUUUCUUUCCUAAGUUUGCAUUAUAUGCAUUUUAAAGACCUUCCUAGAAUGAGAAACGUGCUAUUUCUAUUAUAUUUUGACCAAGGAAUACCCACUCAAAACAGUGUAGUGUUUAUGUAUACGCAAACCACUGAUCCAAAAACAAAUUGAGAACCAAAGAUCAAUUUUUCUUUGUUUUUUGUACAUAAUGAAAAACCAAAGAAACUGUUGCCAGAAAGUGUUGUAAUCUGACCCUACACCUGUACUUUUGUACUACUACUAUUGUAAUUGUACAUAAAAUGGGAAAAAAGCACAUAUGGACAAGAUUCAGGGCUCCUGUCCAGAACUGAAAGGACUGUUGGACAAAAGAAAAAGCCAAAGCUUUGGGAUUUGCAAUUGAUUGGAACACUUUUUCUUAAUUUCGUUUUUUGGGGUACUGGAUUUUUCUGUCUAUCUCCCUAUCCAGUUUUACGCCAUGCUCCAGCUGUUCUAGUCACGAGGGAGGGACUAACUGAAAACAGCAUUCGCUCCACCAUUUAGGUAAAGUUAUCUGUGCUUUGUUUUUCUACCGUUGUUAUGUACUCUGAUCAUGAUGUUGUGUACAGAGAGACUGAUAUUAAGUGACAGUAAUAGUAGCUUAAUGACUUGUACACUCAGUGCCAUAACCCUUUGAACCCAUAACCUCUCUUUAUUCGUAUUUUUCCAAUCAUAUUUUGACUUGCUUCCAGGUGCCUUCAAAUUGUUAUUGAGAAAGUAGCGAGUAGCACAACCCUGUGAUCUCACAACUGGGACGCAUCAUGGUGCAUACCCAACUGAUGACACGCCAAUCCUUCUCCAUGGCUUCAUCAUCCAGUGAUGUGGAGUGUAGACUAAGAAUGGGUGUUGCCUGUGACGUUGUGUAAUAUACUGAACAAAGAUAUAAACGCAACAUGCACCAAUUUCAAAGAUUUUACUGAGUUGUAGUUCAUACAAGGAAAUCAGUUACUUGAAAUAAAUUCAUUAGACCCUAAUCGAUGGAUUUCACAUGACUGGGCAGGGGUGCAGCCAUGGGUGGUCCUUGGAGGGCAUAGGCCCACCCACUGGGGAGCGAGGCCCAGCCAAUCAGAAUUAGUUUUUCCCCACAAAAGGGCAUACCCCCUCAGAUGAUUCCGCAGGUGAAGAAGCCGGAUGUUGAGGUCCUGGGCUGGUGUGGUUAUACGUGGUCUGCGGUUGUAAGGCUAUUUGGACUUACUGCCAAAUUCUCUAAAACAACAUUGGCGGCAGUUUGGUAGAGAAAUUAACAGUAUGGCAGCUAUGUUGGGCAAUUUCACGCUCCCUCAACUUGAGACAUCUGUGGCUUUGUGUUGUGUGACAAAACUACACAUUUUGAAGUGGCCUUUUAUUGUCCACAACACAAGGUGCACCUGUGUAAUGAUCAUUCUGUUUAAUCAGCUUCUUGAUAUGCCACCCGUCAGCUGGAUGGAUUACCUUGUCAAACUGACAGGGAUGUAAACAAAUUUGUGCACAACAUUUGAGCGAAAUGAACUUUUUGUGCUUAUGGAAAAUAUCUAGGAUUUUGCAUUUUGCGUUUCUAUUUUUGUUCAGUGAAUUUACAAUGGUGGGUACAGCUAUUCAACUCACCAGAGGAGAUCACAGAGAGGCCAUCCAAGUCAGUGCUGAGAGGCUUGAGUCAAUUACUCCUAAUCAGUCUCUAUCAAUAGCAGCAAUUGCUCUAACACAGAUGAUUCAUCAGCACUGACAAUUGUCCCAUUCUGAGCAUAAAUAGUACUAACCACGUUGAAUCCUUUUGACCCAUAGUAGUCUCAGCUCUGACAGAGGGCUGUGCUAUCAUUGACAAGCCAAAGUGACUGCUCCGCUGCUGCCUUAAUACACACACACACACACACACACACACACACACACACACACACACACACACACACACACACACACACACACACACACACACACACACACACACACACACACACACACACACACACACACACAGGGACUGGGAGCUGCUAAUGUGACGACGUUGUGAACAUGAGAGCUGGGCGCUAGCUGCCUCUGACAGUGUUCUGCUCGUGGUGCGGCGGCAGGCCGCGCUGUCUGUGUGGGUGAACAGCACAGCCCAGCUGCUGGCCUCCCAGUCUUCCAGUAAUCCCUGUGAAAUCUCACAUUCUCCCUGACAAUUCACACUGUCUGUCGGCCUGACGGCCCAUUUCAUGCCUGCCAUCCAGCCCCUCUGAUCCACACCAUAACAAGACACCCAAGCACUGCCGAGCCGAGUCCUACAUCUGCCCUUCCCUGUCUCCUUGCUUAGGGGGCUAUCAAACAUGGCACAGUACAGUACAGUACAGUGGCACGUCUCUAUCAACUGAUGAGCACUUAUGGGUUUGGGGUUGAAGGCACUUAUUGUUUUGUUGUUAAAUGUUUUAGAAUGUUAAUUCCAAAGAGCAUGCUGGCUUAUUAUUUGUCUAUGUUGUCGGACCUUAUGUCCGAUUGGAGUUUGUUGACCACUAUAGUGCCAAUGCCAACCUCAGUAGGUGAAUGUGAAGACUAAAGCCAUGAAUGCACUGUGAUAGACUUAGUGAAUCUUACAACCUUAGCUUGGAGACUGAGACAAUGAUCCCUACUAUUGUGGGAUUGUAUUAAUGUACAACAUUAAUUGAAGGGUUUUAUUCUGUAACAUAAUGAGCAUAUCAAGGUGUUGUUUUUCUGUCACAUAUUUUCUUUCUUGAUUUUGAACCAAAGCAAAGUGAAACUGGUGCUUACCUCAGGACUGAACCCAGCAUGGGGACGCGACGCUUUAGCUACACAGCAACCAAACAACACAUACGUACACACGUACACACUUGCGUACAUGCAGACAGAGACACACAGACAUUUACAUACAUUUUCAUUUUUUAUUUUGAGGGGACAAUAGUCCUGUGUUAAACCUGUGGUUAUUUCAUUGUUAUGAGAUGUUUUACUUGUCUUACAAUUUUGUUGAUAACAUGUGAUAUUAACAUUUUCCUCUUAUUUUAAUAUGCUGUGUACAUGUUCCUUUUUACUGACCUAAUAGAGGGUUUGUAGGGGUUUGACCAAUGACAUUAUCUUCAGAAGGAAAAGUCAAGCUGGUGAUUUUGUCUUACCUUUGGAAACAAAAGUGUUAACUUUAAUUCAACAGAAUAUACACAUGUAAAUGUUGAUAGGGCUUGUAAGACAAGACGUAAGGCAAUACCUCUGGUUCCAAAGAAACGUAUAUACUGUCUAUGUGAAUUAGGUCUUUUAUUUUUCACCCGAAGCCGCAAUGUUUAGUGACGUGUUUGGUUGCACACCAGGAGUGAUGUAUUUCUCAGUGUUUCCCUAAACAGAUAAACAGUGGCUGGGCUCUGAGUGGAUGAAAGCUAUAGCCUCAAGUUGUUUGACCCAUUUCUCUGGAGGAGGCUUUGUGAGCUGAUGAUGAAUAAGGCUGUGUGUAUUUAUACACAAACACACUUUAAGCCAGCUUGUUUUGGACUGCAGGACAUGCAGGGGUUCCCAGCAGCCUACGUGAAACACAAAAAUCCACACUUGGCUCCAAAGUUCAUUUAGAAAAAUUGUCUACAUGGAAACUGUAUGGGCACAGCUGUUUUGUUAUAACAUAAGAAACUAGUUUAAAUGACAUGUGAAUUGACAGGGGCAGUGGACAAUAUCAAUCUUCGAUUUAUCAUGGCAGUAUGAGGUUGGACCACAGACAUGUGAAGCCCCAUAGACGAGAGGGAACAGCCCAUUGGAAGUUGAUGUCAAUGGUGGGAAUAUAAAUCUCUCCUGCUCGUUCUGUCUCUCAUUCAUUAGUUCACUCUCACUGAAAGUUUAUCUCCCGUUUCCUUUUCUCGCACCGUUAAAACAAGAAAGAAAUAGUUUCCACUGAAACUCCAAAUCUGUACAGGAAGAGAGAGGCAGAUAAUGUCCAGCGUUACUGUUCUGAAAUUACAUUUGGGGGGCAGAGUGUGUGUGUGUGUGUGUGUGCGUGAGUUUAAAGGGGGAAGUGUUGGUUUGUCUGUUUGUGUCCACAUGCUAUUUGAGUAUAUGAAUGGCUGUUAAUGUAUGCUCUGGGAAUAGUUCUGGUGUGAAGGAGAGCAGAGGAGUGAAGGAGCAGGAAGUGAACUGUUGGCUGGGCCUUAGCGUUGAGCAGGAUGUGCAGUGUGUAUCUGCUUGCAGACCGAUAGAGACACAGAUGAAGAUUGGGAGGGAGUAGGGAGGGAGAGGAGCAUGGAGAGCUCAGCAGGGUGGACAUAAGCCCAUUGUUUAAAUAUGAAAGACUGAUCUUAGUUCUAAACCUCGCCAUUCAGAAAACAUUAAGAGCCUCCCUAUCUUUUUCCCUUCUUCCUUCCUUUUAUUUAUUUUAAAUGUUUUAAAGAGUAAACCCCUGUCCACUCUUAUAUUGUAAAAUGCAUAGUGUGCUCUACUUUCAGAAAUCUCUUAACAAAUGAAAGGUCUAAUGAAGCUGUUUUUAUUUAAAUAUUACAUCCUUUCUGGGUAUUAAUUAAGUACCUUACUUUGAUUGUUUCAAUCUAAAUUAUCCCAAAAAAUAGCUUCUUAGCAAAGAGCAAUUUCUCAAGCAAGUCUGUCUGGGAGUGAUCUGAGUAGGGAGGGGAAAAUUGAAAAUUAGCUGUUAUUGGCAGAGAGGUUUGGAAUUCUCUUUCUUAUUGGUCAAUUAACAACAACAAAAAAUGUUUGAGCAUGGCCUUAUUUCUAUUGCAGCAUAUUGGAUCACUGUCAUUCAUAUUCCAUUCACCCAGUUCAAUGUAAUGUGAUAGGUUUAGGCUACUACAUGAUAAUCAAAUGUUCCCUAUACCCAUCAUGAGGUUGCUACAACCCAGCCUAUGAAUGAAAGUUUACAAUGUAGGUGCACACAGGUCGAGAGAAACAUUUGAGGUGACACUUGCAUGUAUCUAGCUGAUCUAGGAUGUAAUCAUUAGUCCAACAGUUGCAAACGAGAGUUUCUAUUGGACAAAUUCAUGUAUGUUUAUCCUCGUUUCGUUUUUUUCAACAGAAUCGGCAGAAUGAAUACACCCCUGAUCACGCGUAAACACAGUUCACUCUGAUAGCAGCCAUAUUGUAUUCCUUCUCACAUCUAUGCACUCUCCUCCUCUCACCUUUUCCCUUCACUUGUGGACUUCAAUGCACAACACAUCAGCUGUCUGUGACCAGGCGAAGAAACCUUUCCAAACCAUAUCAGAACCGCUACACACGGUCCACACUGUUGUCACCACAUUAGCUAAAGUAACGUCCUAGUCAACAUCGCUAAUAUAAUUUGUUAGUAAACCUGCUACAAUCAAACAGUACGUUUACAAUGUACAGUCAGUAAGCAGUUUAGCACUUACACCGAUGGGCCCCGGUGGCAAUAAAUUAGUCAAACCAAAAGCUUACCUUGAAUGGGAAGAGUUCCAGUGUUGUGUUGGAUAGUCAUAGCCAGCUAGACAACAUAGCAUCCCUCUGUUUGAGCAGGUUGUUUGAAUAGGCUAAACUAGCUAGCUGCAUUUGCUAGCUUAGUAAGUGAGCCUGAAAAACAUUACAAACUCUCUAUCUCACCACAUUGUAUGCACUGCAGUGUUAGCUAGCUGUAGCUUAUACUUUCAGUACUAGAAUAAUUAUCUGAUGCUUUGAUUGGGUGGACAACAUGUCUGUUCAUGCUGCAAGAGCUCUGAUAGGUUGGAGGACAUCCUCUGGAAGGUGUCAUAAUUACUGUAAGUCUAUGGAAGGGGGGAGCACCAUGAGCCUCCUAGGUUUUGUAUUGAAGUCAAUGUACCCAGAGGAGAACAGAAGCUAGCUGUCCUCUGGCUACACCAUGGUGCUACCCUACAGAGUGCUGUUGAGGCUACUGUAGACCUUCAUUGCAAAAAAAGUGUUUGAAUCAAUUAUUUGGUGACGUGAAUAUAUUUUGUAUAGUGUUAUCUAAAAAGGAUAACUUUUUAAAUGUUUUACCAUUUUUAUUUUUAUGAAAUUCACUGAGGAGGAUGGUCUUCACUUCCUUCUCUGAGGAGCCUCCACUGGUUCCCAAAGUGGACCGGGUUGAAUUAUAAGGGAAGGAGAGACUUGACACUUUCAUUGGCCUUUAUUACAAGCAGCUGCUUUCCUCCAUUUAUUCCCCCAAACUGCACUUUUCUGGAAAAUUCAUUGAAUUAUAAUUUUAUUACCCUCGUGACCCCCUAAAACCCUCCUCAAUCGCCUUUCCUCUCGCAUGUUGCUUCCUCCUUGUCCUCCUUUUCCUCUCUCCCCGAUCCAACCACUGAUCUCCCACUUUUUCUUCCUUCGUUACCUCAAAGCACUGCUCUCACCUCCGUCUGUCUCCCGCUCUCUUCUUGACACUCAGCACAAACCACUAGCCCACGCCGCCAACCCUCCUCCUCUACUCCUCCUUCCCUACACCUCCUCUCUCCCAUGAUCAAGUCGCUUCCAGUUGUUUUUCCUGCUGAAGAAGACAGUUGUCUAAAUGUUUAUGCGAACAACUACUUUAUUUUUCUUAACACCCUGAUCAAGUUCCAAAAUGAACUUCAACAUUUGACGACGUUAUUAUGUGCUUGCUUUUCAAGUCCAGAAGUAUUUUUCAAAGGAAUAUAAGAGAUGGAGAGCAUCAUUAUUGAGGAAACGCAGGAUAAGACGAGAAAUGUUCAGAGGGAAAUAUGCUAAGAAAGAUGCCAGUAAAGUAAACAUGAGUGGAUGAAAUUGCACAAUUGAGCCAGACCACAGCUCCACCAGCCAAGUCAUGUGCUGAGAUGGAUAGGGAGAGAAAGAAAUAGAGAGAAAGAAUGAGAGAGUUGAAGUACCAGUCAUAGCUUAAGUAAACAACGUAGAAAAAACUGAGUGGCGGUGAACUGCUGCAUCGUCAGGUUUUCAUGUUGGCGUCUCAGUCUGGGUGCCCUCAGCAUUGGUGUCUUCUUACCAGGCCUUCAAAUCAUCACCCAGUCUCCACAUGACAGAGACAGACAGUCUUUGUUGAAGCAGAGGAGGGAGUUGUGGCUGGUGGCUGCCCCAUGUCUUCUUCAGUGUGUUUUGCUUGGAGCGUUCUGUCUCCACCGGGCAGUGAAAUAGUCAGACCGCAGACCUGAUCAACAGACAAGACAGACUACGAAGACACCGUUUAAUCUAGAAUAUCAUAUUGCCGUUUCUCAAGGCUUGACUCUAUUAAUAUGAUUCAUUUACGGUACUUCUCCUAAAGUGAAUUGACUGAAACAACAAACAACUUAACAGGAAAACACAACUAUUUUGGUUGAAAAUAGCAGUUCAGUUUCGGAUCUAAUCUGGGGUCUAAUAGUCAUGUAUGAGUACACAGAUACACACAGACACAAACAAAAUGCAGACACACGAACAAACACACAGCUGGAUGGCAGACUGCCCUGUCACUGUUUGUGACUGGCUGUUCCAGAUUAGAUCAGAUUUAAUUAGGCUUCCCUGCUCCAUUUGGAGUGUCAGUUCUUGUAGAAAAAGUCAUUACUAAAGCAAAGGCAAUGUUACUGACGGCCUGAACUGAACACACACUGAGACGCCUGCCAGAAUGUCAUAGAGCCGAGGGUCCACACACUCCUAAACUCACUGCCCAUUUACAUUAAACUCACACACACAACCAAUUUGAUCCCAUAUAGAAAUGGUGGAUUUGGUCCAUCAUCUGAUAAAGAUUACUGGGGUGAUUGAGGUGGAAGUAGAAUUUGAAUUUGUGGUUGCAGAGUAGGAAAGUUCAGCAGGUAUGUAGACUGAAUAGGGAUAGACAGAGUAGGAAAGUUCAGCAGGUAUGUAGACUGAAUAGGGAUAGACAGAGUAGGAAAGUUCAGCAGGUAUGUAGACUGAAUAGGGAUAGACAGAGUAGGAAAGUUCAGCAGGUAUGUAGACUGAAUAGGGAUAGACAGAGUAGGAAAGUUCAGCAGGUAUGUAGACUGAAUAGGGAUAGACAGAGUAGGAAAGUUCAGCAGGUAUGUAGACUGAAUAGGGAUAGACAGAGUAGGAAAGUUCAGUAGGUAUGUAGACUGAAUAGGGAUAGACAGAGUAGGAAAGUUCAGCAGGUAUGUAGACUGAAUAGGGAUAGACAGAGUAGGAAAGUUCAGCAGGUAUGUAGACUGAAUAGGGAUAGACAGUGUAGGAAAGUUCAGCAGGUAUGUAGACUGAAUAGGGAUAGACAGAGUAGGAAAGUUCAGCAGGUAUGUAGACUGAAUAGGGAUAGACAGAGUAGGAAAUUUCAGCAGGUAUGUAGACUGAAUAGGGAUAGACAGAGUAGAAAAGUUCAGCAGGUAUGUAGACUGAAUAGGGAUAGACAGAGUAGGAAAGUUCAGCAGGUAUGUAGACUGAAUAGGGAUAGACAGAGAAAGGGGAAGACAGAAGCACUGAACUUACAGUAAAACAACCAAUUGACAUCAGAUAUGAUUCUGUCUCCAGGGAGAUAAUGGAACUUUAUUUACCAAACAAGCACACCAGUAUUUUUUUAUUUUAUUAAUUUCGAAUAUAAACAUUUUUUCAAGCGCUUUCUUGAAAAUAUAAACCAAGGUUUUGAAUAGAAAACAAUACACAAAAAAACUAACAGUAUUUUUCUACUUGACAUGGUCAAUAUUGUUCUUAUUUUGCUUUAGUGAAAUGAAUGUAUUUAUUGCAUGUCUAAAUGUUUCAUAGGUCAUUGUUUUGUGUACAUUACAAUUGUGUCUUAAUAAAUCAUGUUUGAUAAGGCUUUUAUUUUUUUUAAGCCAUUGUGAGAAUUGUAUGUUUUUUGUUUGUUUCUAUACUCAAAAUCAACUUGGCAAUAAAAAUGAAUUGCAUAAUGGUU